CAAAAAAAAGGGGACGUAUAACAUGGGAGAAGGGUGCUCCCGUCAUUGGCGGAGAUUGCGGUAUUAUUAGCGAAAGCUGAUGAGUCCACCAGAUUCGGAGUGCAUUCGCCCCCGUCUCCGUCGGAGACAGCCAACGAAUUUAGCAUGUACUUGUAUGAGAUGGAUAACUGGGCUCUUGAAAGAUCAAACGGUGAAGCCUCACCAGUAUCCUCCAUAGGACGAUAUCUUCUACUAUACUUUCUUUGGAACAAACUCCAAGAUGGACGACUCAACUACCAGCGAUGCAAAUUCCUUGAACAGAAACUCUCUCGGAGAAAAAGAAAAGAGGGAAGGAGAAAAAGAUGGAAUUCCCGUUCCAAGCAAUGAUUCAAGCUCUGAACAGCCAACGGAGUUACAAGAGAUCCCGGAGGUGUUGACUGGCUACCCGCUGGUGAUGUUGAUUGCGGCCAUAUCAUUGGCGGGGUUCUUGUAUAGCUUGGAUGUCACUAUCAUUGUGACUGCUGUCCCCGUGAUCACAACACACUUUCAUAGGAUUCAGGAUAUUGGCUGGUACGGAAGUGCAUACUUGAUAACAUUAUGUGCAAUCGCACCCCUCACCGGAAAAUUAUAUCAAUUCUACAACUCCAAGAUCACCUUCUUCACAUUCGUCGUAAUCUUCGAGAUCGGCUCUCUAAUAUGCGGAGUCGCCCCGACAUCAACAGCUCUCAUCGUCGGUCGUGCGGUCGCUGGCAUAGGCGGAGCAGGAAUCUUCAGCGGUGGCUUCACGAUUGUCGCUACUUCGGCGCCUAAGGAAAAACGCACACAACUCGUAGCGUUCAUCUACGCUUUUGCUAUGUUGGGCAGCAUUAUAUCGCCCAUAAUUGGAGGAGUUUUGACGGAGAAGGCGUCUUGGAGGUGGUGCUUCUACAUUAAUUUACCAGCAGGAGCUGUUACAUUGGUUCUUAUUGCCUUCAUUCGCAUUCCGGAAGCCAAAGCGAAGAGAGAGAACAGACCUACGCUUUACGAAAGUGUUCAUCGACUUGACCCCAUCGGAUUUGCCCUCUUUGCGCCGUUUUGUAUUAUGGUCCUUUUACCUCUGCAAUGGGGUGGAUCUACCUACUCUUGGAAUUCUUCCAUCAUCAUUGGCUUAUUUGUUGGAGCUGCAGCUUGUCUCGCAGUAUUCAUUUUCUGGGAGAGCAGGAGAGGCGACACUGCUAUGGUUCCCCUAUCUAUUCUGUGCCGCCGGGUUAUUUACUCUAGCUGCCUCGUCGUGGCGGCUCAAUAUGGGUCUCUAUCAAUAUUUGCUUAUUACUUGCCCGUGUGGUUCCAGACUAUACUGGGAGUGAGUCCGAUUAAAAGUGGGGUGUACUUCAUGGCCACGGCAGCGACGGUUAUCACAGUCACCUUUAUGACCGGCAUCAUUGCCGGAAAGUUGGGAACUCCCACCAUCUUCGUCCUUGUAGGAAACUUAAUCACGACCGUCGGCGGUGGUCUCAUGUCAACCUUCAACACAUCAACUCGCACCGGCGCAUGGGUAGGCUAUCAAAUCCUUACCGGAUUCGGCCGUGGUAUGACAUUACAGCAACCGAUCAACGCAGCCCAGCAUGCUCUUGAUCCGUCCACAAUGGCAGUCGGCACAUCACUUGUCAUUUUCUGUCAAUACUUUGGAGGAGCGGUGUUUUUAGCUCUGGCAGAGACUGAUUUCAGUAGUUCUUUGCGAUCGGCACUCAGGGAAUAUGCUGCGGGAGUUGAUUCAGCGUUGAUUUUUGAGGUUGGAGCUUCGGGAGUUAGAGCCGCUGUGACGAGUGAACAACUUCCUGGGGUGCUGAAAGCGUAUAAUGAAGCUAUUACGAAUACUUUUUACCUUGCUUGCGCUGCAUCUGCGGCCGCAUUCCUUGCCGCGUGGGGCAUGGGUCUCAAGAGCAUAAAGAAGAAGAAAGAGCCAACUGCGGAUACAACUGAGGAGGCAUGAGCAAUAAUGGGUGAGAUUGUGGAUGAAAAACGAAUGACCUUGACUUUUUUCCUUUGUAUAUACU